AUGAUCGAUGCCCGAAUUGAUUUCGAGCAGCAAGCUGAGCACGUAGGAAUUAAGGCUUCUGGAGUCAAAUCCACCUUAUCGCGUCUCAUGCCCAACAUAGGAGGUCCAAAACAGAGAAGACGAGCAUUGCUGUCGUCGGUGAUCACAUCGGUGCUCACCUACAGCAUUUCCAUCUGGGUGGACGCAUUAAAGUUGCAGCAAUCACGGCGGAGAAUUGCACCAGUCUAUCGACUGAGUGCUCUGCGAGUCGCGGUAUCCGAAGACGCGGUGUGCGUUAUAGCCAGGAUGCUCCCUAUAGAAAUGUUGGCCGAAGAACGAAGGUCAUUGUAUCAGCGGAGGAAAUCUGAGACACUGAGCGCAAUAGAACUCAGCGCAAAAGAGAGACGAAAGAAUCUACAGCAAUGGCAGGAGAAGUGGGACAACACGUCGAAUAGAAGAUGGACUCAUCGGCUGAUCCCACUGUGCCCAGUCUGCACCGAAGUCGACGAAGACGCGGAGCAUGUGCUUUUCAGAUGCCACCGCUUCCGCGAGAUGCGGCGUGUUUGGGAAUCUGACCUUGGAAGGGAGGUCUUGCCUGAAACCAUGUUGGAAGCUAUGCUGUCAUCACAGGUAGCCUGGGAUGCAACGAGUAACUUUGCGGCGGCAGUCAUCAAGGAACUCAGAAGAGAAAAACGUGAGCGCAAAGCUACAGCAUAG